AUGCCCUGCUCGACGUCCUCAGUGACCAUGCAGUCCUAUGCAGAGGGCUUCUCGUCUUCCGCCGCAACUCCCGGCGAGGACACUGGUCUCUUACGAGACCGGCGACGUCGGCAUUCUUAUCACGCCCCGCGGAAGCUUUCCUGUGACUACCAGGACGCUGAUACCGUCUUCAUUCGAGUCGAACUCUUCCUUGCCGAACUCGAGCGCCGAAUGUCAUGGAUCGAACAAUACCGGAAAUCUCACAUGGACCAAAUCGAUUCUAGUCUCCGACGCGGAUAUACUACCCUGGAAGCCGUGAGAGAUCAGUGCUCACUCGCAUCCGGUGAACUUAUGGGAAGUGGCAAGAAACGGGCCAAGAUCCUCGUGGAGACGCUGGAAGAGGGUUACAACGAGGCUCUGGCAACCAAGGAGACUCUUGAACAGAAAGCGCAAGCUGGACUGCGCCUGAUGGAGUCUUUUCUGACUGAACUCGAGUCUCGGGCACACGCCAUCCACGACCGUGGCAUUUACGGCACCUUGGAUGAUGGCUGGAAGGCUAUGGACUCCAAACUCGUCCACGCCCGAGAGGUGGUUGACGAGGGAAUGGAGCGUGCUCGCCGAGCCCGUGAUGCUCUCCGGGAGAACAUCGACGAGGCCAUCCGUCUUGCACAGGAGAAGCGCUUGAUUACCUAUGCCGAUCUGCCGGACCCCUGGAGGGUAAACCCGCACAUUCUGAAUGGUUAUCGUUUCACCACCUCCAAGGUGGAGUGUAUCCAUUCGGUCUUCUCGUUCUCAAACGAGUUUGUCAACAUUUGGUCUCACAUCAUUGGGUUGAUCGUCGUCCUUGCUAUCGCUUUCUACUUCUACCCGCUCCACACCAAUUUCCACCUGAGCACCAAGGCGGACAUCAUGAUUGCCGCCGUGUUCUUCUUUGCUGCAUGCAAGUGUCUGGUCUGCAGCACCAUCUGGCACACCAUGAACAGCAUCGCCUCUCAAUCUCUUAUGGAGCGGUUCGCCUGUGUUGAUUACACGGGCAUUUCUUUGCUGGUGGCCGCGUCGAUCGUGUCCACCGAGUAUACUGCAUUCUACUGCGAGCCUACCUCUCGCUGGACAUACAUUCUUCUUACCAUGUGCCUCGGUAUUGGUGGCAUCAUCCUCCCCUGGCACCCAACCUUCAACCGCCACGACAUGGCUUGGGCCCGCGUGGCUUUCUACGUCACCCUUGCUCUCACUGGAUUCGCCCCUCUUGCACAGCUCUCCUAUACUCGUGGCUUCGAAUGGUGCAUGUACUUUUACGCCCCCGUUGUGAAGAGCAUCAUGGUCUACUUCGUCGGCGCUUGCGUGUAUGCCUCCAAGGUCCCCGAGCGCUGGAAGCCUGGUCUUUUUGACUACUUUGGUGGUAGCCACAACAUCUGGCAUUUGGCCGUGUUGGGAGGCAUUCUCUUCCACUAUUGUGCUAUGCAGGAUCUCUUCACGAAUGCUUUCCAGCGUGCCCAGGGCGAGUGCCCCAAUUUGACGUCGUGA